AGUGUUUGGGCAUAGUCACCUGUACAGCAUAACCGAUUGACACCAUUCUGCUACUCAUGAAUAUUAAUGAGUAAAUAAUACCUUGACAACAACCGACAGCAGUGCAAUCAACAUGGCCGAUGAAGAGACACCAGCACAAGAUCCUGUCCAGGAAUCGACAGAAGCUCCAGCUGAGGCAGAAGGGGCUGUAGAGGAGGCUAGUACUCCUGCACCAGAAACAGCGGAAAAUCAGGAAGCAACUCCACCACCAGCAGAAGGAGAGGCUUCUCCAGCAGCAAAUCAAGAACCAACCGACACCCCCGCUCCAGAAGAGGAACAGGCAGAGCAACCCACAGCAGAUGGCUCCCCAGGGGCAGCAGAUGGGGAUGCCUCACCGGCUGAAGGGGGUGAAGCAACACCAGCAGAAGCGGAGGGGCAGGAAGGAGGAGAAACGGCUUCACCUGGUGCUGAUGGAGAGAAGGGUGAAGGAGAUGGAGAAGUGAAGGAAGGAGAGGAAGGCAAAGAGGAAGAAGAGCAGAAACCUGCUGAAGGUGAAACUGGAGAUGGUGCGGAAGGCGGUGAAGGUGGAGAGGGCACACCUGAGGGAGAAGAAGGGGCAGCAAAAGAGGAGGGGGACAAAGAGCAAGGAGAAGGGGAAGGGGACGGAGAAGCUACCCCUGCUGGAGACAGCACCAAAUCACCUGGUGGAGGUGAUGAAGAAGGAUCAGAGAAACCAGAGGGAGAAGAAGAGGAGGAAGGAGAAGGGGAGGAGCCCAAGAGUCCGAUACCGCAGAGCGACACAUUUCAGGAAGGGGAUAGACCGGAAACGCCCACUGUCCAGGUCAUGGAGCCCCUAUCCAGAGAAGGGUCACCCCCUCCGAAUGAACCAGCUCAGAUUGAACCAGCCCAGAUUGAACCUGGAACUCCAGAAAGAGAAAUAUCUCCACUUCCAGAAGAAGAGGCUCUACUUGAAGAAGAGGAAGAGGAUCUUAUAUCAAGAGAAGAACUUAUAGAAAUGUACCAGGGAAUGGUGACAGAGCGUGAGCAACUGAAUCAACAAAAUGUCCAACUCCAACACAAGCUUGCAGAAUACUUCCGCAAGAAGAAGACAGAUGACCAGAAACAGGAGAUGGACAAGAACGUCACUGACCAGGAACAGAGAUAUCUUAAAUACAUGUCGAACUUGGACGAGCUCAGAAAGCAGGAGGAAGAGGAGAGAGAGCUGUCCUUCCUGAAUCUAGAAGAGCUCAAGGACCGCAAGCUGGACAAGCAGGACUACGUGGAGAACGAGAACCAGCAGUUCCUGGAACUCAAGAGACAAGUGGCCCUGACAGCCAUCAGUAGCAGGACAGGAAAGCCCAUCGCUCAGAGGGAGGUUGAGGUGUACAUCUUCAACGAGCUGAAGAAAGAGGAGGAGGUGAAACAGGUGAGACUGGAGAACAUCAAACUCAAGAACCGUCUUAAGAAGAGAGAGCAGCAGCUCAAAGCCAAGGAGGAGCUCGCCGAGGGUCUCCAUCUGAUUGACUUUGAACAGCUCAAGAUUGAGAACCAGACGUACAACGAGAAGAUUGAGGAGAGGAAUGAGGAGUUACUGAAAUUGAGGAAGAAGAUCACGAGCACUGUGCAGGUCCUGACCCAUGUCAAGGAGAAGCUCCAGUUUGUCCAGGCCGAGAACCAUGUACAGAAAGGCAAGCUGAGAGAAGUGGAAGAACUGGUGGCGCAGAAACGCGACGUCUUAUCAAGAACCAAGAAGGCGCGAGACAGCCUGAGAAUCGACAACCAGCGAUUGCGGCAGAAGAGCGGCCUCUUGGGCAAAAAGUCUCUCCUAUUGGACUUUGAGGAGAGGAAGGAUGAGGGAGACGAGUUACGGGCUAGGAUGGAAUACAUGAAACGCCAUCAUGCGGAACUUACGCUGAAUCUAGCUGGAGUCAAGAAGAAGAUCGAUGCUGUCAAAGCCGGAAGGUCGUGAGACAACCAUGAGACAAAAGACAUUUCUUGAUUCUGGAGCAGUUACAUGACAUACCAGGAGCUGCUAAUCCGUCCAAAGCAAUCCGUCUUCAUUCUCAAUAUAUUUAAAACAACAUUUUGUGGUUGACACUUGACAGCAGAGACUCUUUGAGAAGAUUUUUGGGAUGUAUAAUGAACUCUGACCGUGAGCUGCAAAUCCAUCCAAGCAUUUUUUUUCUCCUGUACAUAACAUAUGGACAUAAUUGGUCUCUCCCCUAUGAAAAGGCAUUUCUGGAUUAUAAAAUGAAUUUGUUGGAGGAAGUCCUGUUGAACCAACCAAGAAAAUAUUUAUUUUCCA